ACGGUAAUAUUACAAUAACUAUGACAUCUUUGAGUCUGUGUUACCCAGAAUGGACUGUACGUGACUUCACUCUUGAACAGGUUGAGAAUCGUGAAAUCCGAGCUGUACGCCACUUCCAGUUCACUGCCUGGCCCGAUCAUGGUGUGCCUGAAACCCCAGACUCUUUGCUACGAUUCAUACGUACUGUGCGUGGGCAGAUACCAAGGAAUAGUGGUCCUAGUGUUAUCCAUUGCAGUGCUGGUGUUGGACGUUCUGGUACAUUCAUGUGUUUGGAUUUCCUACUACAACACCUUGCUAGGAAGGAGAAUGAAUUCAUUGACGUCUUUGGACUUGUAGCUAAGAUGAGACAGCAGAGGUGUUUUAUGGUUCAGACAGAGGCUCAAUACGUGUUUAUCCACAAAGCAGUAUUAGAUAUCUUACAAGGACGUGUUAGUGAUAGCAAUUGGUUAUUGACACCUUCACAGUCAUCGUCAGGGUAUCCAUCCAAACAGGAAAUUGAACAUGAACCUGAAUUUUAUGAUCCAAAUGACAAAGAUGUAGAAUUGUAGGACUACAAUCAUCUUGGUUACAAGAAGCACUUGUAAAUGCAAAAUACACAGAAAUGAAAACUUUUUUUUGGUUAUCCAUCAACAUUCCAUAUAAACUCUUGAAAAAUAAUCUUUAAACAAUACUUCCAUAACCAAAAGUUUUCAAAUUUUAAUCCCAAGACGGCAUGUUUGUGUGAAUGAUGAAAAAGAAUCUUUUUAAAAAUAACACCUUGAUUUGUAUUACUAACUAUUUACAAUUUUUAUAUGAUAUAUUUAGUAAUUAAAAAAAUAUUCAACUGUGCUGUACUGUAUAUUUAGAAGCUGGCUUCUUUCUUUGUGACAUUUUACAAAAGUUUAGUCAUUUUAGUUGUAUUGUGUGCUAUAUUUUGCAAUGAAUAAAAUAAAUUGGCAGUUCAACCCAACGACCCACCAAGUUCAUCCAAGUGUUUACCAUAUAUAUUUUUAUAUGCAAAACAAGGUUUAAUACCAUAGUAAAGGUGCUCAUGUGUAGGAUCGUGAUUUCUCUUCAACUAUGUUUUUUAAUAAUCAAUGUAUUCCUUUAGUUAUAUAACAACCCCAAAAUAUUAUUUGAACUGAAAAAUUGUUGUACUGAUACUUUUCUUCUAUGUGGAAAUGAAUUGACUAUUUCGAGCAUUUCACAGAAGAUUUAGAAUGCCAGCAUUGUAGGUAUAGACGUUUGUUUUGUAAUUCUCAUUUUUUUAAAUAUUUAUUAUUCAAGUAAUGUAUCUUCUCAACACAUGACUGAAAUUGUUGAAUCAAGAGUCUUCUAUUUAUGAUUAUAUUUGUUUCUAAAAAUCACUUGUAUUUAAUAACAUGCAUAUCAAAUGUCUAAUUUGUGUGAGUUAUUAUUAUACCUUGACUACAAGAUAAAUACAAAUUAAAUUCAAAGAUGUUGAUCUUGCUGCAAAUUACCUCCUAUGUUCAUCUGAGUUUAUUCUUAAAAAACAUGCAAUAUUGUUAACAAUUUGUACUGUUUUAUCUAACAGGUGAAUUUUUAUAUUUGUAAUUUUUUUAUA